AUGGCAUCAGCGGCUUGUGGUCUUGCAUGCCGUAAUUUGCGCGUGACGGCACCGCGAUUGCGUGCAGGCCUGCGCACACCGUUGCGGCUGAGAGCGGUCAAUGAGAAAAGUCAGAUUUGGACCUGGGCGAACCGUGAGAGGAUAGGUGGGGUGGAUGGCGGCCUGGAGAGGAUACAAUGGGCUGAGAGGUUCCAGAGGGAGCAGCGAAGGUAUCUGGCUGAUGGCGGGAGGAAGGAUGGAGACAAGGAAACGGAGAAGAGACCUUCCCCUCUCUCCAUCCUCCUACCCGUCCACGAAAACAUCUACACCCUGCCCAACAUCCUGACCUUCUCGCGCCUUGUCGCGGCCCCGGUAGUCGGCUAUCUGAUCGUCCAUGAUAUGCACAUGCCGGCUCUGGGCUUGUUUGUGUACGCAGGCGUCACGGAUUUGGUUGAUGGCUGGAUCGCGCGGAAGUGGGGUCUGCAGACCGUGGUGGGCACUGUGAUUGAUCCGAUGGCGGACAAGGCGUUGAUGACGGUUGUGACGGUCACGUUGGCUAUGAAGGGGGCGCUGCCUGUGCCGCUCGCCGUCCUCAUCCUAGGCCGCGACAUACUCCUCGGUCUCUCUGCCUUAUACUACCGCUACAUUUCCCUCCCUCUUCCGCGCACCUUUACCCGCUACUGGGAUUUCUCGCUCCCCAGCGCAGAAGUGCGGCCCACUACGAUUUCUAAAAUCAACACGUUUCUACAGCUAGGGUUGAUCGGAGCUACGAUGUCUGGGCUGGCCAUGGGAGGAUUGGGGGAGACGGCGCAGACCGCGUUGGAAAUCAGUUGGUGGGUGGUUGGGACGACGACGUUGUGGAGUGGGGGGAGUUAUUUGUGGGGGAAGGAUAUUGUGAGGAUACUGAGCAAGAAGUCGUGA